CUACCCACAGGGCAGGACCACGCCCACUAUGAGACACCGCCUCGUGAGGCCACGCCCAAUCCUGGCCUCGCCCCGUGCAGUGGCGGGAACGUUCCAGAAGCAGCGGCGGAUAUCGAGCACCUUAGUCCCGCCCGUCGCGGUGUCCCUCCCCGUUUGUCGCCCGCUUCCCCCGACCCCACUGCCGAAUUCCUACGUCUCCCGGGCUCCCAGAGCGCCCCCCCCCGCCCCAGGCGCUGAUUGGCCGCGGGGCGGGAGGCGCUCGUUGAUUACGUCAUCCAGCGGUGCGGGGGGCGCCACAGUACGGGACAUGUGGCACCUUGCGGCCCGGAGGCUUCUCGCGGCGCUGAGGGGCGGCUCAGUUUGCAAGUCAUGUGCUCUCCGAAGAUUUUCCAUCCAGCCUGCCCAACAGAAGAAGAUUCCAAACCGGUAUUUGGGCCAGCCCAGCCCCUUCACACACCCACACCUUCUCAAACCAGGAGAGGUAACGCCAGGAUUGUCACAAGUGGAAUAUGCUCUUCGCCGACACAAACUGAUGGCAUUGAUCCAGAAAGAAGCCCAUGGCUGGGAUGGAAUGGACCACACAGUGAUUCUGUUAUCCAACCCCACGUACUAUAUGACCAAUGACAUCCCCUAUGUUUUUCACCAGGACACUAAUUUCCUGUACCUCUGUGGGUUCCAGGAGCCUGACAGCAUCCUAGUGCUGCAGAGCAUUCCUGGCAAAGCAUUGCCCUCCCACAAGGCUAUACUUUUUGUGCCCCGGAGAGAUCCAAGCCGAGAGCUGUGGGACGGACCCAGAUCAGGCACAGAUGGAGCAAUUGCUCUUACAGGAGUAGAUGAAGCCUACACUAUCGAGGAGUUCCGGCACUUGGUGGCCAAGCUGAAAGGUGAGUCAAACAUUAUUUGGUAUGACUUGACAAAACCAACACACACAGUGCUGCACUCUGACUACAUGGAGUCCCUGGCUGAGAUAAAAGCUCGGAGCAAAAACCGCAUCCAGGGCAUCCGACAUCUAGUGCAAAACCUUCGGCUUAUCAAAUCUCCUGCAGAGAUUGAAAGGAUGAAGAUAGCUGGACGGGUGACAGCAGAGGCUUUCAUAGAGACAAUGUUUGCCAGCAAAGCCCCAGUAGAUGAAGCCUUUCUGUAUGCAAAGUUUGAAUUCGAGUGCCGGGCUCGUGGUGCUGACAUCUUGGCCUACCCCCCUGUUGUUGCUGGUGGCAAUAGAUCAAACACUUUGCACUACGUAAAGAACAAUCAGCUCAUCAAGGAUGGUGAGAUGGUCUUGUUGGAUGGUGGAUGUGAGUCUUCCUGCUAUGUAAGUGACAUCACACGUACCUGGCCUGUUAAUGGAAGGUUCACCAAACCCCAAGCAGAACUGUACCAGGCUGUCCUGGAUAUCCAGAAAUCCUGUCUGAGCCUCUGUUCCCCAGGUGUGAGUCUAGAAAAUAUCUAUAGCCUCAUGCUGAGUCUUAUUGGACAGAAACUAAAAGACCUGGGUGUCUUAAAAAGCAGCAUCACCGAGAGCUACUUCUUCAAGGCUGUUCGAAAGUACUGCCCACAUCAUGUGGGCCAUUACUUGGGCAUGGAUGUUCAUGAUACUCCAGAUAUAUCCCGAUCCAUCCCGCUCCAGCCAGGCAUGGUGAUAACCAUCGAACCAGGCAUUUAUAUCCCUGAGGAUGAUGUGAGUGCCCCGGAGAGGUUUCGUGGGAUUGGCGUGCGCAUCGAGGAUGAUGUUGUGAUAACAGAGGAUGCGCCUCUCCUCUUGUCUACUGACUGUCCCAAGGAGAUCUACGACAUCGAGCAGAUCUGUGGCCGCAGCUCAUGAUGCCCCUUCUCUGCCUCUUUCAUCCUCCUUGGGAGAUGCAGCCCUCCAGGGAUGCAGGUCCCUGUAGCAUCCUGUAGUUGUCAAGUGAUGGAGGGUGCGGACAGUUGAUGUCUGUUUCCAAGACCAGGGUUGGGAAGUGGAAUGCAAAAGUCUUGAGUACUGAGGGAUGAAAAAGCAAAGCAGCCUUUUCUGUGCAUUUUCCUUCUGAUUUGAUUAGUGAUGAUGUUGAGCUGUUGUAGGAUGGUGGAUACCUCCCUCUGCUGAGUGAAUCCAUCUGUCCUGGUGCCCUUGGAGGGACAAUUUUGUCAGUGCCGCCUGCAGUGCCUCUUCCUGGUCCCUCUCUUGGUGUAUGGGUGCAAAUGUGGAGACCAGUGCCCCAUUUUUUCACCUUCAGCAGUCGUUUCACAACAGUCAGAUUUUAAAAAUAAAACUUUGAUAAAUGCUGUUUUAGGGAAAUAAAGUGUGUCACACAGCUUUGAUUUUUAUUGAGCCCUGGAAAGAGGGGGUUUGGUAGUCAGGAAGAUGGGUUUGAUUGGGAGAUUGAAGCCUUUGUUAGUAUUUUAAGGAUAAGAACGUGUUUGGGCCUUGUUCAAGUGUAUGCAGCAGGGAAAAACAUCUUGUCUGGUCUUUCAGCUUACUGGAGCAUUUGGUAAUUUUAGAAAGGACAGAUAGGGCUCAGGAAGUUUGAUGUACCCAUUCUUACUGUCUUCCACAUUCCCUUCUUUUUGUCCCAAAUGUCCAUUCUAGUGUCCUGUUCUAAGCCCGACUCUGUCAUGGGAAGCAGGGCUGUGUUGGCUGUGCUGGACUCCACUGGUGAGCUGCUGGUUGUCAUCUAGAUGUGAGGUGCCUGAUUCUGGGACAGUCACAGCACCUUUCUGGUCUAAUGCUGUAAGCGCCGGCAAUUUCAGCAGUGUGUUUUUAAGGCGUCUGCCCUAUGGCAGGUCUCAAGUCUUUGUACAGAAUUUAUAAGUAAAUCUUGUUUUCAAAACUCUGAGGGCAUGGUCACAGCUGCUUUUUGGGUUUUGCCAUGUGCAGUCAGUAACUAAUGCUCUGUGCUAAUAUUUUUGAGGCAGCUGUGAUUAGGGACUAGGAUGGAUGAGGGGCAAAGAGUUGUCUUCCCUCAACGUGAGCCUACCACCUAGACCAUUGUAGGCAGAAGUAAAUACACCUACUAGAGGCAAACAUCUGUGUAUUUACUGAAAAUAUUUUUACAAUCGGCUUUUUAACAUGUCAAAAAAUUGCAUCUCAUCAGUGCAUCUCCUUUUAUUUAUGCAUGCUGCUGCAUCACAUCAUCUUUUUUCCUUUCUCAUAGUACCAUUCAGUAUUUUCCCUCCCCUCUCCUCAUGUUGUUCUCAUCUAUAACAUGUUUAUUGUUCCAAUUACACCUGUUAGAGUCAUGUCAGCUGGGACAAAUCUUGGAUUUUGGAAUAAUGUAAAAAACUUAAAAGAAUAUAAAACUGAGAGCUACACGUAUGUGCUGGUUUGCGCAUCUGCUCACUUACCUAACAGGGUUAAUAAUUGUACUUACUGUAAAUAAGCAUUUGAAAUACAUAUAAAAAAAGUUAUUUUUAAAUUAAAACAAUUUGUAGAAAGUCAUUUCCUGGGCCAUCAAGUUGAGUAGAUGCAAGCACCUCCAGAUAGAGCGUUAUUUUUCAGGGAGAUAUUUAUAAAUCAUCUGUGAUCUGUCUUGGACUUGAAAGAACAUUGUCAAAUGUAGGCAAAAACUUCAUUCCUACUCCUCGUCUCAGGAAAAUCCUUCAACUUGCAAACACCAAUAGAUUGUAGGAAUGUUGCAGAGGAAUGUUUCUGUCGGUAAAGAAAUGUUUGUGACUCUGCUGAGUGGGGAGUAGUGGAUCUGCUAGGGAUGCUGUGCUUCACUAUGCUGAGUGUGUCUGUUUUAGGCCCUGAAUUGCUCCAUAUUCUGCAAUUCUUCCAUGGUGUUCAACAUGAACUGCUGCUAAUGUUUUGAAUCUGUUGUUCUAUGUAAAGAAGAGUGGAUUUUGCAGAAUAUAUUAAAUGAGAGUCUUAUAAACCUACAAUUCGAAGGCUUUUUCUUGCUUGUUGCAGCGGUGGAUAACCAGAGUAACAUCUGUGACCUACAUACAUGCUGCCAUGUCCCUUGAAUACAACCAAAUCAUAGAAUCAUGAAAUAGUUUGGGUUGGAAGGGACCUUAAAGAUCAUCCAGUUCCAACCCCCCUGCCACAGGCAGGGACACCUCCCACUAGACCAGGCUGCCCAAGGCCCCAUCCAACCUGGCCUUGAACACUUGCAGGGAUGGGGGAGCCACAGCUUCGCUGGGCAGCCACAGCUUCUCUGGGCAACCAGUGCCUCCCUGCUCUCAUGGGGAAGAAAUUCUUCCUCAUGUCUAGCCUAAAUCUGCCCCUCUCCAGUUUGUACCCAUUGCCCUUAGUCCUAUUCCUACAAGCCUUUAUGAACAGUUCCUCCCCAGCUUUCCUGCAGCCCCUUCAGGUACUGGAAUGUUGCUAUAAGGUCUCUUCAGAGUCUUCUCUUCUUGAGGCUGAACAACCCAAACUCAGCCUGUCCUCAUAUGGAAGGUGCUCCAGCCCUCAGAUCAUCUUUGUAGCCCUCCUCUGUACCCGUUUCAACAGCUCCAUAUCCUUCUUAUGUUGAGGAUUCCAGAACUGGACACAAUACCCCAGAUGAGGUCUCACAAGAGAGGAAUAGAGGGGCAGAAUCACCUCCCUCAAUCUGCUGACCUCGCUUCUUUUGAGGGGCAUGAACGUUUUACAAGACCCUUGUCGAGAAUCCCUUUUCCAGCGGUACAUACCAGUGGCGUACAUCCCCCGUCCCCAGUCCCGUACUGUCAGAUUUAUUGCAUGUCUGCCACGAAAGGGAGCCCUUGCUCCAACCCCUUGGUUGCAGGAGCAGCUCUCAAUGGCAGCACAAGCUGCCAGCUUCUUGAGGGUAUUGGUGGUGGGAUCAGUGGAAGUGGAAGAGAAAUUGGAACCAGAUGAUCCUUAAGCUCCCUUCCAACCCAAACUAUGAUUCUAUGAUUCUAUAUGCAAGUUCAUCUGGGGAGAGAUUUUGUUUCAGCCGUGGCACAGGUCU